CUGAUGUUUUUUUCUCUAUAUUUUCUUUGUAAAUUACUAAACUUUUCUAUCUAUUACAGUUUAUGCACUAUGGAUCAAGCUGCUUUUGAACUUCAGCUGCGUCAAACGCUGCAAGGCAAGGCUGAAAAUGCUGUCAUCCAGCCCGCUCUCCAGCGUGAUCAGUGGUUGCAGGAUUUGUUAAGAAUCAAUUCUUCUGGAGCCCAGUCUACAUUUGACUAUAACCUCAAGAAACGCUAUGAAGUUCUGCGUGUUGGCAAUGCUGACCGACUUAUUCGCAAAAGAAAAGAUACCAGUGAACAUGAAUUUAAGUUUGUUGCAUGUGUAGAAGAAGUGUUUGGUAUUAUUAAAACAGCUCAUGAAGCUAUUGGCCAUGGAGGUGGCAAGAAAACAAUUGCAGAAGUGAGAAAGAAAUGGUCAAACAUCACACAAGAAGUAUGCUACCUCUACAUUUCAUUCUGUGAGCACUGUCAUCAAAAGAAAGCCAGAAAAACUCCAAAGGGUUUGGUAGUAAAACCGGUACGCAGUCAUGAUAUCCAUUCUAGAUGCCAGAUAGAUCUUAUAAAUUUUCAAACAUUACCUGAUGGAAACUUUAAGUACAUCAUGACAUAUGUAAAUCAUUUCAGCAAAUUUUGUGUGUUGCGUCCACUGACAUCAAAAAGAGCAGAGGAAGUCGCAGCGAACCUUCUAGAUAUAUUUCUGACAUUUGGAGCACCUGCUAUUUUACAUUCCGACAACGGACGGGAGUUUGUGAAUGCCAUCAUCACCGAGCUUUCAAUGCUAUGGCCAGAGCUGAAGCUGGUGACUGGACGCCCACGUCAUCCUCAAAGCCAAGGAGCUGUUGAACGUCUAAACGGUGUGAUCCAGGACAAACUAACCAUUUGGAUGAGGGAAAAUAACAGCAAAAAGUGGUCAGUAGGUCUUAAGUUUGUUCAGUGGCAAGUUAAUAUCAGUCAGCAUGAAACAACUGGCCACAGUCCUUUUAAAGUUACAUUUGGACUAGAUCCGCAAGUUGGAUUAGCAUCAUCUAUCGUGCCAAGUACAGCUUUUUGUAAUAUAUUCACCGAGGAAGAUCUCGAGUCAUUUCUGGAAGCAGAGACUGAGGCAGAAGCAGAGACAGGUGCAGAGGCAGAAGCAGCAACAGGGGCAGAGGCAGAAGAAGAAGCACAGACAGGGGCAGAGACAGAAGCAGAAGCAGAGACAUGGGCAGGGAGGUCAGAGGCAGAAGCAGAGACAGGUGCAGAAGCAGAAGCAGCAACAGAGUUAGAGGCAGAAGAAGAAGCACAGACAGGGGCAGAGGCAGAAGCAGAGACAGGUGCAGAGGCAGAGGCAGGGGAAGAGGCAGAAGCAGAGACACGGGCAGAGACAGUAGCUACGAAUUUCCAAAAGAUCCGUGUUGCAGCUAAUAUAGGACAAUCAAAGGCAGCAGCACGGAUGACAAGACGCGGCAAAAACCUGCUUAAGCCAUUGUCCAUUGGUCAGUGUGCUACGCUGAGGGUUCCAGAUGUCGAUCGUGGUCCAACAGAUCCAAAAAAUCUGCACCCACAUUGCCAUCAAGAGAUCUCCAUUCUUGGAGACUUUCAUGGACUUUCCCCAAUCACUGUUCACCUCAGCCCCCUUGUGUCAGCACUAGAGGCCAUCCAUACAAUUAAUACAACAGACCUGCUCAUCUCAGCCACUACUGUCAGCACUAGAGGCCAUCCAUACAAAUUAAUGCAACAGACUUGUACACCUCAGCCACUUCUAUCAGCACUAGAGGCCAUCCAUACAAUUAAUGCAACAGACUUGUUCAUCUCAGCCACUUCUGUCAGCACUAGAAGCCAUCCAUACAAUUAA